UUCCCGUAUUCUGUUUAAGCAAUUAAGCAUCAAGUCAUUUUGAUCUUAGCUAGAGUUUUGUGCUACCUACGGAUCACAACACAUGUCUCUUUGAAAUACAACUCGAAUAAGCAAGUCAGUUCAACAAUGGCGGAGCUUCCUGAAGAACUAUGGCGGAAAAUUCUGGAAAUGGGAGUGAAACCUUCAAACAAACACAACAACAAUGGUUUCACCUUCAAAGAGUUGUGCUGCACCGCAAUCACCUGCAAACGCCUUCAUCGAUUAUCCAACGAACCCUCACUUUGGUCCUCUUUGCUCUCCUCCGACUUCCCUCUUCGCCUCACCACCAACAACAACAACAACAAUUCAUCUUCUUCAAUUUCCCCCAAAUCACUCUACAAAUCUUGGUAUGAGAAAGAUAAGGCGAAAAGAGUUGCUGCUCAUAAGCGAGCUGUGCUUAGAAUUGAGAGUCGGAUUACUGAGAAUUCUAGAAGGAUCGAGGAAUUGCGAACUCGUUUGGUUGAAGAAAGUAAUAGAAUGAAGGCGGUUGCUUUCGAGUUGUCGAAUCUGCGUAGAGUCAGGCAAGCUUCGGUAGCUUUGAAUGUGUGGCAGCCGGAGGUUGUUCGGGGAAGACAGAAGGAAAUAGUGGAGCAAUGUGCUGUUCCGGUUGAUUUGCGUAUCAAUGCACUUGAGAUGGAAUUGAAGCUUUGUAAGCAGCAUCUUAUUGUGCAUGAGAAGAAUUAUAGAGAUGAAAAGCGAAGGCUUGAGGUAGCAAAGGAACAGCUAAGUUUAAUGAGGUAUCAUCCCUUGCAAAAUGUUUCGGUAGACGAGAGGAGAGUUGGUGAACCUAGUGCUAAGAGGAAGAAGUUGAAAACACACAUCUCAGCAGAUGAUGAACACAAUUGGAAGUUGUAAGGGGUUGAUUCAGGAUGGUACCACAAACUUGUUAUAGGUCCGUUCGUUAGGUGGUCGAUUGAUCCAUAAUGGGUUUAUUUAUGCAUUGCGGGGUGCAAUGCAUAUACGUAGGGUCUUUGGAAGUAACUGGAGCUUAGCUUCGAAUUGGUCCUGUUGAAGCAUAUUUCUACCCAACAGUAUUUUCUGGAGCAAUAAGGCCUGUACCCAAGCAUAAAGUGAAUCUAGAAAGUCACUACAACCAUUGCUUGUUUGUGAUAUGUGGACAUGCAGGUUAGCAAAUUUAUACCUGAUUAAUGAUAAAGAUGCCAACUGCAAAAUUCCCAUUAUACUAGUCGUGUUUGUAGGCUACACUUCGGCAUACACAUCCCCAAUAUGUCCCCGGUACGGGAAAGUGCUUUACUUCGAUGUACCUGUGCAUCACAGUAAUUUGUUGUAAGAUUUGUGUUGAUAACUUUUAUCUCCCAACAAUAAAUACUUGUAAAUUUUACUCAUCCAUGAUUUAUCAGAUUAUUAUUAUAAAUACAACUUUCAAUCUGUGAAACUUUUGUAUUUAUGAGUACGGAUUUUUGUAACUUGGACAGGUUGAGGAAGUGCAUUAUCAUUUACGUAUUACUCCCUCGUCUUUAUGGUUAUUGUUAUUAUCAACAAAAGAGUUCUAGAGAAUUGAGUUGAAUUCGGUGCAAUUAGCCAAUGAUUGUAAGGACUCCUCUGUAGGCUACCAAGGUGACAGGUUUUAUCCUUGAGAUAGCCCCGGCCUUUCAUGCAGUAGCUGAAAGUUUUUUUUUUUUUUUUUUUUUU